AUGGAAAACAAAGCAUCAAGCUCUAAUUCGCAUCUUGCCAAUAAAGAAGCUGAUGAAAACAAAAAUUUAUCAGUAGAUAGUCGCAUUGGUCAUGGUAUUGAUGCUGCUAACGACAAAGGUACCGAAGUGAAAGGUGUCAUCGGUCAACUUGGUGAUACACUAUCGCAUGCAUAUCAUUAUGUUGCAGAAAAAGUUUGUGUUUUGUUUGAAGAAGCAGCCACCGCUGAAUCCUAUAACGAACAUACGGAACAAGCACAAAAUCCAGAUAAUGCACUGGCUGAACGUGCGGGAGCUGGCUCUUCAGCAGUUGGUGACACAAUUGGAGAAAACGCUCAUAAAGCUAAAGCUGAUGCACAUAAAGAUGCUUUGUAA